CGAUGCGGUGGUUAAAGGUUCAGACUUCACGUUGCGACGCAGGAGCAGCUCUGCCGGCGCCUCGUCAAUCUGCAAGCAACAAACUUCAGCUAAGUAUAGGGGUGAUUCAGGAGAGCAGAGUAUGACCAAAACCCUUGAGGACAAACAAAAGGACGUGGACGACAUCUAAUCUUCAUCUGAUUGUUUUAUGUUGCCUUGAUACCAUGGCGUGUCUCUUAAGAGCUGAAAUGACAUUGUUGAAGUGUGCGCUGCUCUCUCUUUUCCUGUCUGGGUGUUUAUGUCAGCGUGACUGCACGGGAGUUGAUUGCCCAUUGCUUAAUAAUUGCAUUGAAGAAGUUCUGGAGAGUGGCGCCUGUUGUGCGUCUUGCAUUCAAACCGGGUGCACGUGUGAGGGUUACCAAUACUAUGACUGUGUCAACGCUGGAUUCAAAAAUGGCAAAGUGCCUGAAGGAGAAUCAUAUUUCGUUGACUAUGGGAGCACAGAGUGCUGGUGCCCUGAAGGAGGGGGCAGAAUUAGCUGUAACUUUAUCAGCUGUCCUGAUAUUCCAGUCAAUUGCAUCGAGGUGAUAGAGCCCACAGAUGGCUGCAUGCAAUGUGAGCGUAUUGGAUGUGUCCAUGGUGGUCAGAAGUAUGACGCUGGUCACUCCUUCCAAAUGGACCCCUGCCAAGUCUGUCACUGCCCCAGUGAUGGGGGGAAGUUGAUGUGCUAUCCCGUACCUGACUGUGACCCAGUCGAUGCCCAUAAACCCACAUUAGCCAGGCCCACAGAGGAGAACACAGCCAGCCAGCGUCACAGUGACCUUUAUGGCUUUGACCAACAAGGCUACGAGGAUCACAUCUCCACGACAUACCGUCUCUCACCCAGUGGGAAUCUGCCUCUUUUCAAAACACCACCAUUGGAUAAGCAAGAGCUUGAAGAUUAUGAUUAUGGCCCAACAGAUAUGCCAGAACCCUAUCCUGAGACUCUGGCCUUUUCCACCCAAUCAUCUGCUUCCAACAAGGUCAAGACUGUGUCCCACACCUCUGACAGAGCUGACAGAGGCAAGCUGGAGUUAAGACAGAGAUAUGGAGUUCGUGAGCAUAUUGCAGAUAAAAUGGAGAGGAUAGACGUUAAACCAGUCAUGAAAGAGCAGAGUACCGCUAGGCCAUCUCUCCAAGAGGCCACCACUACUGCUUGGAAGAGAACCUCACAGGUUGCAGCACGUGUGCAAAAUGCCUCUGAGAGUGACACUCAUACCCUUCAACCACUACUAACAUCAGAGAGUCACAUUCAUCAUUCACAGGCGCCUUCAGAGAAUCCAAUGCAUGCAAGGAGCAGUUCAGAUGGUGUGAGAUUUCCUCUACACCGAGGUUCAGGGAGUGAAAAACACCAACUUUAUCCAGACAAGAGUAUAGAGAAUUUGACCCACUCACAACAAACCAUUGAAAGUAGCACAGGUACACAGAAGGCAUCAGAGAGUCAGAUGCUCCAAAUCCAGCCACCUAAAGUCUCGGAGAGUCAGAUGCACCCACUUCAACCGGCAAUAAGUACAGUGAGUCAAACCCAUCCAAAGAAAGGGUCAGAUGAGAAGAUACUUCCACAAUAUCCCCUUAGAAACUCAGAAACUUCAGUCCACCUGGAGGAAAGUUCAAAGGGCUUAAUGCAGUCACAAACGACAGUGGUUCCACAAUUGCAGUAUACUGAUGAGGAAGAGGCUGAUGAGGAAGAGGUUGAAGAGAAUAAGGAGCUGGAGCAGGAGGAAGAGGAGAGAAUAGUAUCAUUGAAAAAUGUCGACGGGCCCGAAGGAAGUGAUGUGCCCUACUAUGUGAGCACAGCAGAAAAGGAGAGAAUAAAGCCUGGCGGCUAUGGUGAGUCCAGAGGCAGCAGUGAUCCAGGCAGCAACUAUGAAAAGACCACAGUGGAGCCCGGCACUAAAUCCCCAGAGAGCCAUGAGACGCAGACAACCCCCACAGUCCAUCUUGUCACAACUAGUCAACCACCACUAAGGGUCAAAACAGAUGGGAGCCAGCCUGGCAAAAAGGAACCUCAAACACUGUUUACCCUCCCCAGUGAGGAGUCGGGCAAAGCUGAGGAGGAGGUGGCAGGGCAAGAGGAGAGGAAAGGGAGCUCUGUUUUUCUCCUCAAGCCUGUUGGAGGGUCUGUUCCAGGACCAGGUGAUUCUGCUGAACAGCUGGUGGAUAGCUGUUGUGUGUUUGGACAGAAAUGGGCUAUAGACAACAACAACUGUGAUGCCAUCCCUCCCCGGAACAAUGACAAGCACUUCAUGUGCAGUGUUGUUCAGAAGCAAUGCUGCUUAAGCUCUCUGAAGGAGAGCCGAUGUGCAGCGGGUAUGACUUCUGCGAGAAGAGGAGAUGUCUGUGAAGCAGACACUGAGGAUCAGUGCACAGAUGACUCCUACCAGGUGUGCUGCAGCUGCUGUGCCCUCGGCUUACGGUUGCGCAGUGAAGGACGGGGCUGCGAUGCCCACCAGUACUUGGGAUACCCUUGUGGGCAUGUCCUGCUUACAUGCUGCGAGGAAGAUGGAUAUCUGAGCCAGCCUUCACUGAGGAGGAAGGAAAAGCCCAGACCAACUGCCAUGCCUAAGAAAGUCUUAGACAAAAAGUUCCCCAAGGAGGCCUUUUCCAUAGAUGCCAUAGAUGAGGCUGCCAAUGCAGUGGAGGAACAAGAGGAUGUGGAUGAGUGUCAGCUCUACUUGGGCCAGCUGUGUCAGCACACAUGCACAAACACCAGGGUUUCCUACCGCUGUGGCUGCCACCCGGGCUACGUGCUCCAGCAGGAUGAGCACUCCUGUGCACCAGUGAGUCCUGAGGAAGACAACAGAGUCAAAGAGGAGGACAUCCCUGCCAUGGUCCCAACAUCAGCCACCACCACCACUACCAGAACAUCCAGUCCGGUCCAGCUCAGACUCUGUGCUGGAAAUGGUCCUUGCAGUCAGCAGUGUGCGGUGGUGGAAGGUCAGGCCCGCUGCUCCUGCUUCCCAGGGUUCAGACUGAUGGCAGACAGACGGACGUGUGAAGACGUGAAUGAGUGUGUGACCAACACCCACAGCUGCCGGCCUGAUGAGCGCUGUGUGAACACAGUGGGCUCAUUCGUCUGUGAGCAGCACGUCACGUGUCCUCCUGGCUACCAGCUCAGGGGCGGCGUCUGCGAUGACAUUGAUGAGUGUGUGGUCCGCAGUGGUAACUGUGGCAUCGGCUUCGAGUGUGAGAACACAGAAGGCUCUUUCCUGUGUAAACCCAAGCAAAACUGUCUCACCGGGUUUACACAGGACUCCCAUGGCAACUGCAUUGACAUAAAUGAGUGCAGCAGUCUGAGUGAGCCAUGCAGAUCAGGUUUUAACUGUGUCAACACUGUGGGCUCCUACACCUGCCAGAGGAAGAUGGUCAUGUGCAACCCAGGCUAUCACCCCAGCUCUGAUGGAGCCAAGUGUGUAGACAUGGACGAGUGUCAUACUGGCAGUCACCGCUGCGGAGCGGGCCAGAUUUGUCACAACCUCCCCGGCAGCUACCGCUGUGACUGUCAGACAGGCUACCAGUAUGAUGUCACACGACAGGUGUGCACUGAUGUGAAUGAGUGCUGGCGCUACCCUGGAAGGCUGUGUGCUCAGACCUGUGAAAACACCCCAGGCUCCUACCAGUGCUCCUGCACAGCUGGCUUCUCCCUAGCAUUUGAUGGCAAGAACUGUGAAGAUGUGAAUGAAUGCGAGCGAAAUCCCUGCAGCCAGGAAUGUGCAAACGUCUACGGCUCCUACCAGUGCUACUGUCGCCAAGGCUUCUAUCUGAAGGAGGAUGGACACACCUGUGAAGAUAUUGAUGAGUGUUCCCAGAGCAUUGGGAAUCUUUGUGCCUUUCAGUGUGUCAAUGUUCCUGGCAGUUACCAGUGUGCAUGUCCUCUUCAUGGCUACACCAUGUCCACCAAUGGACGUACAUGCAAAGAUAUUGAUGAGUGCACUACUGGAAGCCACAACUGUUCAUAUGGCCAAACUUGCUAUAACAUCCAAGGAGCCUUUAGGUGCCUCUCAUUUGACUGCCCGCCGAAUUACAAGAAGGUGUCAGAUAUACGCUGCGAGAGGCUCAGCUGUCCCAGCAACUCUUUAGACUGCCACAACUCUCCCUUGAGGAUCACCUACUACCAGCUGAGCUUCCAGACCAACAUCGUCAUUCCCGCCCAGAUCUUCCGUAUUGGACCUUCACCUGCCUACUCUGGUGACCACAUCGUCAUCAGCAUCACCAAGGGAAAUGAGGAGGGCUACUUCAGCACGCGAAAGCUGAACAGCUUCACUGGCGCAGUGUAUCUGCAGAGACAUGUACGUGAGCCCAAAGACUUCCUCGUAGAUGUGGAGAUGAAACUGCUUCGGCAAGGGACUUUCACCUCAUUCCUGGCCAGGAUCUAUGUCUUCAUCACAGCAAGCUCCAUGUGAAAACACUCCACUUUCCUCCUCAAGAGAAACAGAUAGAGAAGCGAGAGAAAGAGAGACUGAGAAUUUCAUAUGGUGCUAAAUAUCUCCAAUUUUCAAAGUCCGUGUAAAACAGCAGCUCACUCUGCAUUAGUGUCAGAGUAACAAAAACUAAUACUGAAGCAUCUUUACUGUCCUCCUCUUUCCACCAUUCACCCAAGAAGGCAUAUCUGACAUAUCUAUCAAGUUGUUUUGCGGGAUGUUUUUUUAGGCAGACAGCUGUCUAAAAUGUUGUAUUUACGAAAGUAUUUGUCAUCUUGGCUAUUGAUAUUGAAAUUUGCCUUUAUGUACCACCUUCAAGAGUUUAUCUCUAAGGCAAAGUGCUACAAAGGUCAGUGCACGAAGUCUGGGUCGGUGGUUGGUGUUCUGCUCUACUCACUUGAAGCCUCUUUCUUUUUGAACCCCUAAUUUGAUUGCUAAUUGUUUUGAGAAUUAUAACUUAUUCAUGAAAGUCUGAAGAAUAAACACAAAAGAAUAAACCUUUUCAGCACUAGAAAUCAAAUCCGGGCACUUUUCACCACCCAGUUUGUAAAUGUUGUCGGGAGAAUACUGGAAGAGAUCAUUCAGAUAUGCAGGUUGUGCACGCUUUUUUCCACAUUUGAUGUAUAUUAUUUUUAAAAGACUUGAUUUGAUAAAAUCCAAGCAUUGAAAUUCAGUGCAAAGCAGAACAAGACAUUUGACCCUGGCUUGGGGGAAUGUGUUGUAAAUUCCAGCACUGAGAAUGUUUAUGUUUAUUUUUUGUUGAUAUUUUAAAUGUUAUAGUCUUUCCUUAUUACUGGACACAUUUUAUUGUGAUACUCUGCAAUUAUCUCAGGGCAAAAUCAUCCAAUUCCACCUUACAAAUUCCAAUGUAUGUAGCAGGAAUUAAUCAUUCUGCAGCUUUCCAAUGUACAGUUUGCUGUCACAUUAUGUCUCCAUGAACAAAUCACCAUGCAAUGUCCAAAUUGUUCAUAUUUGCUGAAUAAAAGUGCAGAUCAAAUUAUACUCAAAAUUACAACAAACUAAGUUAAAA